UAGGUAGUCGUAGUUGUGAUAAGUAUUGACACUGUUCACAGAAUUUCGUCUCUAGAGUCCAGACUCUACAGGCUUCAACAAUUCAACAUAAUCGCGCUCUUGAUAUUUAUGUUUAUCUAUUAAUCUGUGCUUCAUAUUAAAAUAUAAUUUUAGUAAAUUUAAGAAAACACUAAUAAACAUGUGUUUAAUAAAUGCAUAACAAUGGACAAUUUAUCAAAAUCACUUGACAGUUUUUUAAAAAACAAAUUUAUUCGAUUUGGAUUGCCAUUUAUGUUGUUGGUUGUUGGUGGAUCAUUUGGUCUAAGAGAAUUUUCACAGAUUCGAUAUGAUCAUCGGAAGGUUAAGUUCAUCAGUCCAGAAGAACUUAGAAAACAAGGCAUUGAAAUGAAACCUCGAGGCAGCGUCACAAUAGAAACUGAGUAUAAAAAGCUUAUAGAACAAGUUAAUCUUGACAAUUAUGAGAAUAAAAGAAUACCAAGACCACCUGGAUUUGAAGACUGAAAUAAAACUAUACCUAUUAAGGAAUUGUUUUAGUAUGUUUUUAUUUUAACAAAUAAAUGUGUUAUAAUAUAUUA